AUGGCCAAGAUUGUGUCCAAAAGCUCUCCACAUGCAUAUAAUACUCGUUCCGCGGGCGCAAUUCGAUUCUCGCAAGACUCGAGGAAGCUCGCAAUCAAGUCGAGAAUACCAAAGGGGAAAUAUUACCGGGAUAUUAUCAAAUACUCCCAUGUUCUGGUUGUAGCCGCCUUUAGCUUCACGGUUGACCAUCGAACAUCGUCUGAUCGGGAGUUCAAGACAAUUUAUGAGUUUGACGCAUUGACGCUGAAGACGGUUGGAGCGCCCUUCAAAGGGCACACCAACCUUGUCAUAGGUCUAGCACUUUCAUUCGAUUGUGCUCUCCUCGCCAGCGCUGCCACUGACGACACUGUCAAGCUCUGGGCCUUCGAAUCUCGUCAACUCCUCGCCUCAUUUGAUGUCUUACGUCCCCGCUGCAUUAUCCUCUCGCCUGACUCACGCCAAUUGAUUUACACGACCGGGGCCGAAAUCCAUGUAUGCGACACUCCACCCGAUAUUCUCGGUACUAUCUUGCCUGUACAACGAAAAAAGUCCAAUACAAGUGCAGUUAAAAAUCCUCCCCUCGCUGAUUCACUCGAUCUACCUGAUUUCUACUCAUCUACACCACCAUUGGAGUCCGAUGCAACACCUCGUGCUGUGCAUCUUAACCCAGUGAUCGAGUCUGUCAGACCUUCCGCCCCUCAGCCUUUAAUACCAUCUCCUACAACACAGCAUCGCACUUUCCUCCGCUAUCUUCGCAAACUCCUUCCUUCUCGCACGAAUGCAGUUCCUCCUGUUUGGACCGACCAGUUUGGUAAUCAUCUGGAUUCUCCCCCGGCGCAGGUCACCGGAGAGCAUGGAAGCAGCCGGCUGUGCGGCUACUUCUAGACGGUUUUCCGGUAUCUUUGUUUUGAGUAUCGUCGCGACUCGCUCCCGGUAUGCGUUGUUUCACUAUUUGCUACAUGUAUUCUUUAUUCCAACCUUUUGUAUUAUUUCUAAUCCCUUGUACUGGUUUUCCGUUAGUCUGUCCAUUUGAAAGGGUCGUCAUUGUUGGAAGAAGUCGUUGCAGUCACCCCAUCUACUACUGGCAUUUGUAGGCUCUCGACCCACGUUGUCCUCGACAAUACCACCAUCUGCAAAAGUUUUUGAGCACACGAGUUCACUGAUUCC